AUGACUUCAGGAACGCUAGUACCCGUCCCAGCUAGUGACGAAUACUACAACCUUGGCUCGUUUGCCCAUCUCAUCACCACCACCAGCGCCGACGCCCAGAUUUGGUUCAACCGUGGCCUGAUAUGGGUAUAUUCUUUCAACCAUGUGGAAGGCGCCUACUGCUUCCAACAAGCUAUUGCCCAUGAUCCCGCGUGCGCCAUGGCCUACUGGGGCCUGGCUUAUGCGGUUGGCCCGAACUACAAUAAGCCAUGGGAGAAGUUCGACCAGGGAGAUCUACACACUUGUGUGCAACGAGGAUACAAUGCCACACGACAGGCAAAGAAAUGCGCACCAAAUGCAACUCCGCUUGAACAGGCUCUAAUCGACGCGAUCCAAUUCAGAUUCCCGACCGACCAGCCUGCGACAGAUUACCCCGCUCUGAACAAGAGCUACGCCAUGGCUAUGAAGCCGGUGUAUGAUGAAUUCGGAGCUGACUUGGAUGUUGCCACCCUUUAUGCCGAUGCCUUGAUGAAUAUGACCCCCUGGGCUCUAUGGGAUCUGUUUACCGGCAAGCCGAACCCUAAAGCACCCACCAUGGAAGCACAGGCGGUGCUCGAAAAAGCACUUUCACAGGAAGAGGAUGGUGCAUACCUGAACCCUGGGUUACUUCACUUGUACAUUCACUUCAUCGAAAUGUCGCCCACUCCAGAGUUGGGUAUCAACGCUGCCGAUCAUCUCCGCGACCUCGUUCCCGACGCUGGUCACAUCCACCACAUGCCCACUCAUUUGGAUAUUCUGAUGGGCGAUUGGCGGCGCUCCAUCGCCUCGAACCACAAAUCAACGCUCGCGGAUGACAAAUUCUUCCGGAAGUCAGGCGCCAAGAACUUCUAUACCUUCUAUCGCAUGCACGACUAUCACUCCUUGGUCUACGCGGCCAUGUUUGCCGGUAAAUCCAAGGUUGCUCUCGACGCAGUCACUCGCAUGGAAGCCACUGUGCCUGAAGAAGUCCUUCGAAUUGAGUCUCCGCCUAUGGCUGACUGGCUAGAGCAGUUCAUGGGUAUCCGUCUACAUGUGAUGGUACGCUUCGGUAUGUGGGAGGAGCUCAAGGUCAAAGAGCUGCCCCAUGACCAAUCAUUAUAUGCAGGCACCACUGCCACUACCCACUAUGCCAGAGGUAUUGCAUUCGCCGCCACAGGGGACGUGGCAUCAGCCAAAAAGGAACAGGAGCUCUUCCACCAAGCGUGGGCACGCGUCCCCGUGACUCGUCGCGCAUACAACGGUAAAAUCGUCGACGUGCUCAAAGUCGCCGAGUCAAUGUUGGAAGGAGAAAUUGAAUACCGUUGCGCUAAUUACGAUAAGGCCUUCGAGGCUCUCCGCCGUGCAAUCCAUCACGAGGACACUUUGCCAUACAGUGAACCUUGGUCAUGGAUGCAACCUGUUCGCCAUGCGUAUGCCGCGCUGAUGAUGGAGCAGGGCAAUUUGGAAGAAGCGGCAAAGACAUAUCGCGCAGAUCUGGGUAUGGAUACCUCUGUCAUCCGGCCGUGCCGUCACCCGAACAAUGUCUGGUCGCUGCAGGGAUACUAUGAGUGCUUGGUUCGUCUGGGGAGGAUGGAUGAAGCGUCUGUAAUUGAACAGCCGGCUAAACUAGCCCUUGCGGUAGCCGAUGUCCCGAUCAAGUCAUCGUGCUUCUGCCGCUUGGAUACGUCCCAGUCGCCAUCACUACUCAAUGGAAGUUCUCCAAAUGGGGAAGCCUCCAGGGAAAAAUGCUGCAAUGCUUAA